UCAGGAUCAGGAAUGGGUGUAUGUGUAAACUCUGAGAGCCUGCAUGUUUGUAUAGUUAAGUUUCUGUUUCCUGACAAGAAAGAGUUUGUGCUUCUUGGACUCAUAAAGGUGUUUCUGGAUACGGCUGGUUUGCUCAGGGUGGAGGCUGUUGUGGGAACGCACACAGUCACUGAACUAUUCAAGAUAGCUGUGUGUCUUCAGACCUCCAGGGACAUUCGCUUUACUCGGAAUUGACGUUGACUGAGGGGGACGAUGGCGAGGAAAGGUUCUUAUAAAGAUAUGUCUGGAGUGGUGUUCGACACGCACUCUAAAAUGGCGAUGUCACAAGGAGGAACUUUUGAAAACAUGAAGGAGAAGAUUAAUGCUGUGCGAGCUGUGGUGCCCAAUAAGAGUAACAAUGAGAUUACUUUGGUGCUCCAGCAUUUCGAGAACUCGGUGGAUCGAGCAGUGCAAGCAUUUGUAGAAGGUAGUGCCGUGGAGAUUCUGAAAGAAUGGAAUGUAACUGGAAAAAAGAAGCCUAAGAAGAAAAAGAAGUCAAAACCUCAGAAUGAAGCCCUUCUGGACACCGCCCCUGACGAGUCAACACCGGAUGUUGAAGGUUCAGAGGCUGUGAAUGGUUUCCACGCCAACGGUUCGACAUGUGCUGACGUAGAUUCCCUAGAUUCUCUUAGUGAGCAGCUAGACUCCGCCUCCCUGGAUGUACCUGAAAUUGAUGCAGACAUUGUUGCCCCUGAGAUUUCAGAUGUCACAGAUGGAGAGAUUGCAUCAAUCCCAACAUCCAGCCCCAACCCUCAGCCCGGCCCCAGAAUUGAAGCGCGACAGAACCAUCACAGUUCACGUACUAACAAGUCUCAACAUAAGCCUGUUUCCAGCUCCCAGAAUUCUUCUGCCUCCGUUCUCUCUACAGAUUGGGAAAGAAUGGGAGCUUCAUCUGGCAAAAAAAUUGGUGCUAAUGUUGACCGCUCUGUGAAAGACCUACAGCGUUGUGCGGCAUCGCUCACUCGCUACAGAGUCGUGGUGAGAGAUGAGAUGGAUUCGUCUAUCAAGAGAAUCAAGCAGACGUUUGCGGAGCUCCAGAGCUGUCUGAUGGAUCGAGAGGUGGCGCUCCUCGCUGAGAUGGACAAAGUCAAAGAAGAAGCCAUGAUGAUUCUGGACGGCCGUCAGAAGAAAGCAGAGGAGCUCCGAAGACUCACUGACCAAUCAACAUCACUGACAGAGGAACAGCUUACAGAACUAAGAGCUGACAUCAAGCACUUUGUCAGUGAGCGCAAGUAUGACGAGGAUCUUGGUAAAGCUGUGAAGUUCUCGUUUGAUCUAGAACCGCUCAAGUGCAGCAUCAUGUCUUCUGGAUCAGUCUAUCAUCCUCAGACGAGCUACUCCAGCCGUUCUCGCUGCAGCUCCACCUCUUCCUCUGUCACAGGACCCACCCCUGUGAAAGCCCCGCCCCCCUCUGAGCCUCAGCAUCAGGCUUCUGCUUACAUGGGCCGUCCCGGUGUGCCACACAAACAGAUUUUCCAGGGCAACAGGCGCAUUAUUCACGGUUACCAAGGAAAUCAGCGAUAUAAUGGAAAUGGACAUCCUGACCGAAACCCUGGCCGGACCAACUACCGCAACCAGGGUGAUCGUUACCAUGGAGACCGCAGUCACCAGAGCGACUAUGGGGAGACCCCAAACUCUCAGCCGACCAAUAGCAUGAAAGGCCCCUCCCACUCCUCAGUCUACCGCUCAGAUCGACCCUCCCACAAUGGGCUUCCACAGAGGCAACCACGGACCCACGGCCCAUGACACAGUCACACUUUACCUUCAUUACUUCUUACAAUACACCUGUCACUGACGUUUACACCUGGCCUGUUGAGCUGUGACCCAGUCUCUCUCUCUCUCUCUCUCUCUCUCUCUCUCUCUCUCUCUCUCUCUCUCUCUCUCUCUCUCUCUCUCUCUCUCUGAUCUGCUUAUGUAAAGGUUUUGUGUUUGAGUCAUUUGUAAGCGAGUGCUACUGUCAAGUGUUGAGGAAGGAAAGAUUCAUGUUUUGUUAUGUGUGUUAAAAGUCUGUGAAGUUCAACACUAAGAUGACAGCCAGAGUUUCAGUGUGUGGAGGUCACAGAGGGUUGGGGUGUCUGAAGACGUGUGUGUGCUUUUGUGUGUGUGUGUGGCGAUCACAGAAGGUUAAGAGCUAGGGUACGGGUGUCUGGAGGUGUGAUGUUGUGUGUUUGUGAGUGUGUGGAGGUCACAGAGGGUUAGGGUGCUUGGAGACGUGUGUGUGUGUGUGUGUGUGCGCGUGUGUGCGUGUGUGUCUGUGUAGGUCACAGAAGGUUAGGGAGGCAUGUGUGUGUGUGUGUGUGUGUGUGUGUUGGUCACAGAGGGUUUGUGUGUGUGUGUGUGUGUGUGUGCUUGUGUGUGCGUGUGGAGGUCACAGAGGCUGAGAGUUAUGGUUCAUGGUCUGGAGAUGUGUUUUCAGGUCUGUCUGUGGCCUGGUCGCGCAUGUUCAUCUUUUCAUGCAUGAGAGUCGCAUUGAAGUUUUGUAACUGAAGCUGUUCUCAGUUUCUGUUUGUCUUUGUCACGUGCCCUCGAUCGGUGCUAGCGCACAAGUCUUUAUGACCGAGUCUCAUGAUAUACCUCACUCACACAUGCUCUUCACAAUCUGCUCUCGUGUUAACCUAACUGUCCAUGAUUGUCCAUGUUUGCAUGAUGAAAGAUCAGUACCACACGCUCCGGUAUGUAAAGAUGCUGUUCUGUUUUUCAGAAUGUCUGGAUUGUUUUGCUAACGGUUACAUAUGAAGGUUCAUGUUAUUUGUCCAGCACUAGUUUCUCAUCUCAUUCCUGUAUAUAUGUAACAGUAUGUAUAAUGUUUUUCUAGCCUCUGGCCAUGUAUGUAGAACUCCCAGUUAAGCAGUUUUGAUCUUCCUCAUGUAUUGAGAAAAUUGUCUUUUCCUGUCGCUGUAAAAUCUGAAGUGCCUUCAGUCGUGUGCUUUAUCUUUUUUUCUUCAUGUUGUUUUUCUGCUCCCAUUUGGACCAAAGACAUCAAACCCAUCCAGACACGCUGCCAUUAGAUACCAUCUGCUCCUGUCAUGCAGACUGCACUAGCAAACACUUGUCUUCUUUCUUGCUAACUGACCUCCUACUUUUUCUUUAAUUAUGAAUAAAGGAUUAGUAGCAGAUGCUCAA